GCAGAGGCUGGUUCUGGCUGUUAUGUGUAUGUGUUGUUAUUGAGGAUGAUUCAUAAUGGAUUUAUUUUAAUUGUUUGGAAAACCCAAAUGUUAAGUUGGCUAAAAAUUGUUAUCUUUUUAUGAAUAUUAGACCGUCAAUAUUUGUUUUUAUUUUUCGAUUUUACAGCAAUUUGUUGCGAUUAACACACAUACAUGUUGAAAAAAUGUUCAUCUUGUAUACUCAUUUGUUAUAUUCACUAGCUUACAGCUGAAAUAGAUGAUUUUUGAACGUUGUGAAACAACAGACAAUUUGGGAAGAAAUAUGAAGUUCAACUCAUUGUUAAGGUUAUAAGUAAAUGCAUUUAAAAUGUCAACCUGGGAUGAUUACAAGCCUCAUCCAGAUGAUGAUUAUUUCUAUGAAAAUAAUUCUGCUCCUGUAGAAGUAGACAGAUGUCUUUAUUAUGAUUACAACUUCGAUGUUAGUAUAGCUGUUAUAAGUGGCAUGUAUUUAGCAUUUGGAGUUGUCUACACGUUAUAUGGCUAUCGCUGUUUUAAAGCUGUGAUGUUUCUCACUGGUUUUACAUUUGGCACAGCAGUUGUAUAUUUAAUAUGUCAACAAGAGGAUUUGUUACCUGCAGCUGGAAAUGCUGGUGUAGCACUAGGUGCAGGUGUACUCUUUGGUCUUAUAACAAUGUUGGUACAAUAUGUUGGUCUAUUCAUGACUGGAUUCCACACUGGAUUAUUCCUUGGUGUAGCGGCCAUACUGAUUUCAUACCUGUGGUACACUCCUAGUACCAUUUGGUUGAUUGUAGCCAUAUUGAUGGGAUGUGGACUUGCUGGAGCUGUCCUUACAUUGUUCUGGCAGAAAGGUUUGACUAUUUUGGGAACUAGUAUUUAUGGAGGUGCCAUAAUUGCCAUAUGUUUAGACUAUUUUAUAGAAAAAUUUAUCAUGGUGUUUUGGGUGUGGGAUAGGAUAAAACUUGCUACUUCCUUGUCCGUGUGCUGGUUUUCAUGGUUAAUUCUAGGAGUUUGGCCAUUUAUGAUUCUUGUUGGAACUCUUACACAAUGGCGAAUUACAGGCAUUGGAAUUCAUCAUCAACAGAUGGCUCCUCCUAGAAGGCGAACAAGACAGCUCAAUUUACAAAGAAUCAGACAAGAAGAAUCUCGUGCUGAACAAAAGCAAAAGAAGUACCGCUAUUUAUAUCAAGUUCGCACUGCACAUGGAGAUGUUAUAUCGCAACAAAACUAUGUUCAGAGUCUACAAAAGAAAGUAUGCCCGCCUCCUGAUGACAGCUUUACAACCUUACAUUCAGACUUGACGCAUCUGACAGUCUUGAAUCCAUCAGAGAGCACAGCUACAUCUAUCAGCCAAUUACCAUGAAGGCACAUGGUAAAGCAUGUUACGUUUUAAACUGCCAAUACUUAAGCUCUGAUCACAGAGCACUCAUGAUACAUUUCAAACAUAUUAUAGUAUGUAUAUUCAAGCCAUUCUUCAUGAUACAUGCUGUCUAAAACUGAUAAUAUAUUGAUAUUUUUUUGUUAAAACAUUUUAAUCAAUAUUUUGCAAAAUCAAUUUUAAAUAAGUAAGUUAAACUAAUGCAUUGGAAUAAUUUGCAGGGUAUGAAUUGUUAUUCAAAGGUGCAAAUUGCUUGUCGUCCGGUGAAAUGUUGGUGCCUUUUAAGAGUCAAAUGAAAAGUUUAUCUAGGAUAGUAUGGACUGAUAUUGCCAAUGUUAUAUGAUAAAGUGAAGAUACUCUAAUAAGCUUUUAAUCUUAAAAUAUAAUUUCUAAAUUUAUAUAUAUGAUAAUUGCCGCUUCUGCCAAAAGCCAAAGAACAUGCCUUAAUUAUUUUAUUAUCUCAUGCUUUGAAUCUUGUAUUCUAUUCAUCACUUUGACAAGACUAUCAGUACUUGUAGAACGUUUUUUAUGGCAGCUGUUUUUAGUAUGGUAAAACAUGUUUUGAUAUAUCAUGAAGCACAUUUCUAUGAGAAAUACUAUGUUACCCAAGUUAUCUCUUAAGUGGCAAUAUACAUGCAUGUUUUAGGAGAUAGAGGCCCAUGCCAAGGUUUUGAGAACAUUUGUAAGAUUAUGAGAAAAAAAAUCAGUCAUGGUAACGGUUUUGUGAUUUAAUACUUGCUCCUGAAUAAAUAAUAGUUAAAUCCUAAGAAGAGCCUCAUGUAGGAUGUUUUGAAGUAUUAGAUCUCUAAUGUAAGAUCAAACAUUUUUGAGGUUUUAAAGCGUUAAUUAAAAUUAAACAUCUUCCUGUAUUAAGUUAUGAAUCAUGAACCUAGAGUUCAAUGAGCAUUGACCCACCCACCCCAUGGGAAACAUUUCAGGGUUCACUCAAAGGAAAAGAGUUAACCUUUCACUUGUGAAUUAAGUAUCAAUCUGAAAAUUAUGCACUCUUGCUGUGCCCACUCAAGCAGUUGUCAUGAAAAUUAGCCUUAUUCUCUGAGGGUGAUGGGAGUGGAGCAAAAAUACCUACAAAUUUUACUCUUUUUUUUUUUUUUUUCUUCAAAUAAACCAUCUAUUUAGAACUAUUCUUAAACAGUAACAACUGAAAGAUAAAAGUCGGUUGUGAAACAAAAUCUGUGCUUUUCACCCAACAAAUGAAAUUUAUGCAAUGUUCAUCAAAAUUAAUAUUUAGCACAGACAGCAACAAUAACAAAAUAACACAUACAAGUUCUCAGAAUCCGCAGUUGCCCUAUAUUCUAGCCCCUUGAACCUUGUGCAUAGAUGCUUACCUUAGAAUAAUUUUGUAUGUUAUUUUUCAGUACGGCUUAUCAAAACAUGCUAUUUAUCUUUCAUCUGUUUUUGAUAAAUGAUGAGAAAAGAAGAAAAAAAAACUAAAAUUAUUAUUUUUUACACUAGUAACUGCUAAGGUAGUUUACAUAUAGUUUUUAAAAACUUGAAUUAUUUAAUGACAAACUACAAAUUUUAGGAUUUUUAGUUCCGUUUCAUCAAAAUUCUAAAGCCCAGAUUUGCUUUAAUGAACAAAAAUAUUAAAACAUUUUCCUAUAGAAAGAGGAAGUUUUGAACGUAGGGUAAUCUUAAGUAUUUAUCUUACUGCAAACAUCUGAUAAAAGGGAUUUGAUACCCUAAAACACGUCUGCAAUUGUUUUGCAAGUUUGUGUAUAAAUUAUGUUGAUUUAGCUGUUUAAUUAUUCAAACUUUACUUGUGAAAAUAUUUUUAAGGCAGCAAAAAAUAAAGAAAAAUUGGGUUAUAUAGUACAUUGAUUUCCAUUUUUUUUAACAAUAAUGCACAUUCCAGCUGCAACUCAACAUUUCCUAUUCCAUGUCUCCUGCACAAAUUUGUGCAAAUUUAUCCGUCAUUGUAUGAUGUAUUUUUUAUUGUAUUGAACAGUAUUUAUUUUAUUUGUAUAUUUAUGUUUACUUAUACAAUCUUGUGAGACAGGGUGAAGUGGCAAUAUUUUAAUAUGUGGAUCUUUUUUAUGUAAACUUUUCUUUGUAAUCCAAGGAUAUUUAUUUCAUUGAUUGUAAAUUUGUGUUCACAAAUGAAAGUAUUGCUCAACAUAAAAAAAAACACAGCUUUUU